CGUUGUCCUCGGCCUCAUUUUCAUCGUGGGGAAGUACAUAAUUAUCACGCAUGGCGAUUCAUUUGAAUGGCGCCAGUUUACGCCUUCUUCUACCUCGGGCUACAUAGGCUCGCAAAAUUCUAAACUAGAGCCUCUGGACCAAUACCGCACCCAGCCUGUUGAUGACUAUGAGAGUUGCAACAAAUUAUACGGCCCUCAAUACCUACAGCACAUCGCUGAUAAUCACAUCUUCUAUUGUGAAGAUGGAUCUCGCUCGUCGUUGGAGUUCUUCACAACUACUAACAGUGACGUGGCCUGCGUUGCUCGGGGUGUUAGUUAUCAGAAGACUCAAAGACAAGAUGUCCUGGUCCAUGAACUGUCAACUGCGGAACCUCACGACUGAGAUCGCUCUUGAUCCGUCGAAAGCUGCCAACUUGAAGCUGUUUCGAAAUGUCGAUAAGUUCAAGAAGUACUUCUAUGAAACCGGUGUAGGCACGCAGCUAAAGCGGUGGAAUAUUUCACGAGAAGCAAACGACAACGGUAAAAGUUGUAACACGAAGAAAAACGACAAGAAAUAUACGAUGUUUGUGAGACGGGAAGGAAACAACAACAUUUGGCAUAAAUUGUUGGAGAUGUGGCAAACCAAACUUACUCUAGACGCUCUCCAGAUGACAGACUAUGGAUCAUCCUUAGGACAACCGUAUCUAACAGCCGCUGCGCGAAAAGAAGUGCAAGUUGUAUUCGAAGAUGAUGCUGAGGGACCAGUCGACAGUCUCUGGAGUAUAGUAACUGGCAGCGAGCCAGUACGCCUCAGCACCCUUAGCGAUACGUGCCUCGGCGAUGUCAUACUCCCUCUCGUAGGGACUAGCAGUCCCUUUUGGAUCGGUGUCUGGGACGACAUGGAUUGCAAGUCGGCUUACUUAAUUGACCCCUUCAUCCGCGACAUCUACACUCACCUUGGGAUGACCUACAAAGAGCGCACGACGGAGAACACAGUCGUCACAAUCAUCAAUCGUACCACAACGCGCCAGAUCUUCAACAUCGACAGCCACAUAGCGAAGCUCAAAAUCACCUUCCGCGACACCAAAUUCCAGAUCGUCGACUUCUCAACCAUUUCCCUGCGCGAGCAGUUCGAGAUCAUAAGCCAGACGGAUGUGCUCAUAGGCGCUAUGGGCGCGAGAAUGACGCACAUGUUCUUCCUCCCCAAACAGUCUACCGUCGUUGAGAUCAUGGCGCCCGGAGCGCACUACACCGGCUUCCGCAACCUGGCGAAGAUGCGCAAGCUGCCCUACUUCACGGCACACGGCACGCCCGAGGAUGAGUGGAAAGUGGCGCAUGGGGCGCAGAACGAUGCGCGCGAAUCGGAAUCCGAGAUGGAAAGGAGGCAUUGGCAGAAUGAUAAGUAUCUGUACUUGACAGAAGAGCAGUUCGUGGCACUCGCGGGCGCAGCCAUCAAUGCUCAGCUGAAUCGGGGGACACGGUCGGCGGAUGUGAAGCCGUAUUAG